GAAGGAGGCAGGGAGUUGCAAACCUGGAGCAGCCCAGUCCCUCCUGUGACUCCCAGUUGCAUUGCUGUGGGAAAGAGAAGCAACAGCCUGUGUACGUCUCCCAAAUAGGAACAAGUAGCCGGAGGAUUGUACUACAACUACAACACACUACUACAUACCUGGUCCUGGUGAGCAAAGAUGCCUGCUAAAUAUAAACUCCAUGAGUUUCCACUCAUUCAUUCACACUGGGGCUCCACCAUAGGUCCAUAUUGAUGUCCUGAGAUGCCUGGAAUGGAACACUCCGGCUCUAGCUGCUGACACCAUGGAUCUGAUUGGCUGCUGCCUCCAAGCUCCGAGCAUCUGCUGUACAAAGAUGGCAGUUAGAUUAGGAAUGAAGGUGCUGAUUGUGACACUGCUACUGCCACUUGUGCAAAGUCACAGUCUGUUCACGUGUGAACCUAUCACCGUCCCCAGAUGCACAGGCAUGAACUAUAACAUGACGUUCUUUCCAAACCUCAUGGAACACUAUGACCAAGAUAUUGCAGCGCUGCGGAUGGAACCGUUCCUUCCACUCCUGAAUCUCCACUGUUCCCCAGAGGUGCACACGUUUCUGUGCCGGGCCUUUGUUCCUGAAUGCACGGAACCCAAACAUAUAAUGAUGCCUUGUAGGAGCCUCUGUGAGCGAGUUUAUUCAGACUGUAAGAACCUCAUUGAAACCUUUGGGAUUACUUGGCCUGCAGAGCUGGAGUGUGACAGAAUGAGAGAUUGCAAUAAUUCCCAGUCCAGAUCAGGUGGCCCUGAUGAUCCGCAAGAUGCUCGUCAAUACCCUGGAAAAGCUCACAGAGACUUUGGGUUCUGGUGCCCACAACACCUGAAGACCUCCCAGGGAUCGAGUUUCAAGUUUUUGGGAGUAGACCACUGCACACCGCCGUGCCCCAACAUGUACUUUACAAAAGUUGAUUUGGACUUUGCUAAAUAUUUCAUUGGCAUCAUUUCAAUAAUAUGUCUUUGUGUCACCCUCUUCACUGUUCUAACGUUCCUGAUUGAUGUGAAAAGGUUUAGAUACCCAGAAAGGCCAAUUAUUUUUUAUUCGGUGUGCUACAGUAUGGUGUCGCUGAUGUACGUCAUUGGGUUUUUGAUUGGGAAUUCCAUUGCCUGCAAUGAACGAGGAGAAAACUUUGCUUCAGGGGACACUGUUGUUAUUGGAUCUCAGCACAAAGCAUGCACCUUCAUCUUUAUGCUCCUUUACUUCUGUACCAUGGCAGGAACCAUAUGGUGGGUGAUGCUUACAAUCACCUGGUUUCUGGCUGCCGGAAGAAAAUGGAGUUGCGAAGCAAUCGAGCAGAAGUCACUGUGGUUUCAUGGUGUGGCAUGGGCCAUUCCAGGAAUUCUCACGAUCAUCCUUCUGGCCAUGAACAAAGUCGAAGGAGACAACAUCGGUGGUGUUUGUUUUGUUGGACUCUAUGAUCAAGAGGUUUCUGUAUACUUUGUUCUCCUGCCUCUGUGCCUUUGUGUCUUCAUUGGACUUUCCUUCCUCCUAGCUGGGAUUAUUUCCUUAAAUAAUGUCCGACAGGUCAUACAGCAUGAUGAGAGGAACAAACAGAAACUAAAAAAGUUCAUGAUUCGCAUUGGCGUGUUCAGUGGCACAUACCUAGUUCCACUGGUGAUCCUGCUGGGGUGCUAUGCCUAUGAACAAGUAUAUAGAAGCUCUUGGGAAAUGACCUGGGUUUCUGACAAUUGCCAGGAUUACCAUAUCCCAUGUCCUUACCAGGUGAAGAACCCAGCCAGGCCUGACCUUGGCCUGUUCAUAACCAAAUACAUCAUGACCUUAAUUGUUGGCAUCGCUGCAAUCUUCUGGGUGGGCAGUAAGAAAACUUGUUCAGAGUGGGCGAACUUUUUGAACCGGAGUCGAAAACAAGACCCCAUCAGCGAGAGCCGUAGAGUUCUACAGGAGUCUUGUGAAUUCUUCCUCAAGCACAAUGCCAAAGUUAAACAUAAGAAGAAAAAGCACUCAAAGUCUGGCUCCCACAAGCUAAAAGUCAUAUCCAAGUCAAUGGGAACGAGUACAGGUGGAAAAUUAAACCACAACAUGUCUGCUGUGGCAAUUACAAACAACGAUUUCUUGGGUCAAGAAGCAUCUGGUGAUGUUAGAAGCACCUUGGAUGUUUCUCGUCCUGAAGACCUAGAAGGUGCAAGCUGCAUUCUAAAGUCAAGAGAUGAUAUCACAGGGGAGGUCACCACCCAGACCUUGUUAGAUGGCACUGAGGCCCCUGUAGAAUAUGCAGACUGUAAUAAUAAGCCGAGAAGCAGAAGAGGAAAUGGCUUGUCCGGAAGCAUUCACACCAUUCUUCAUGGAAGUUUGCACGACGUGGCUGAGAACCGUGUGAAUGUGGAAAACGCGUCUCCGGAACCAGAUAAAACAGAGGAUCUUUCCAAAGUGCCCGGCCUUACUGCCCCCCAUGCCAAUGACAUUAAUAUUAAUACGACAAGUGCGUGAGAAUCAGAUCAUCCAGGACUUUUUGGUCUUCUGAUUCCCGUGUAACUAGCAGAUAAUGUUAGUACGGGAAAACUGUUCUGCUACACUAGACAUUUGCACUUACCAAAAACUUUUUAGCUUUGAUAGCAGAAAUUUUUAUUGUUUUGUAUUUAUAAAUUGUCGGGUUCUCUUCCAUUUAUUUUUCCAUAUGGGAACGUAGCUUCUUGUACAUACAGUACCUACAGCUGCUUGCUUGCAAAUAUGACUGCCAGGUGCCAUAUUGUUUGCCUCUGGCGAGGCAUUGACGACAAGAGCAAACACAGCAGACGCAUGACUAGAAGUUGCAAAUAACAUGACAACUCCAAUGGGAUAUUACAGUCUUGCCGAGAAAUAGUGACCUGUAAACAGAAUCUGCACUUCCUAUGUAAAAAGGAAAAUAAAAGGAAGAUGUGUUUAGAAAUAAGGUCUAUUUUCCAUUUGGCUGGCAUGUGCUGUAAGUAUAUGUCAUUUCACUGACACACAGACCAGUCACCAAAUUAUUGGAUGAUAAGAUACUGGGUUACAGUGUCUGCCAUAGGCAAAGUAUUUAUUACCCUUCUGUUCAAAAGAAAGCAGUAACAAGUCCUGGGGGGUGCUUUGAGCACUGCAGCAAUUUUGGAUAAUAUUACCUGCAUUUUUCUCUCUCCACUGUGCUUGUAGUUCAGACACUGGGCUUUAUUUAAAACCACUACUGAUUUUUUUUUAUACCCAAAUGAAUUAAUUAAUUCUGAAAGUUAAAAGUUCUUUUAAAAACAAUUAUUAUUUGGAUUGUUAUUUGCAAAAUAACCUUGUUUAUCACACUCACUCCCCUGCACAUGCCCAGAGUCGGUCGUUAUAAAGGCAAAAUGUAUCUUGGUGUUUGCCUUAGGCUUAAUUCGCGGGUUAUUUAUCAGACGUUUGUCUUGGCAAAAGAAUAAAACUCGAAUCAUU